GUACGGUGCCCUCCAGCAACAACAACUACACUUCCUACGCCUCCUGUGACAACCUCGGGGAUUUCACAAGACACGUCCGGGAAAUUGCGAAGGAGAGAGGAGACCCACGAAUGGCUAUUGUGUUAGAACGCAGUGAGCGCCUCAGAGACUGCGACGCCAACAUCCUCCCUGUGCUGUGUCGAUUGCAAGAACUAACUCAGGACGUCAAUAUUGUGGUCAUCUUGUGUUCCACUCUCCCUGUGGACAAGUUCCGCGCAUCGACUGGAUUUAUGGAGCCGAUUGCCUUUCAUUUUCCUCAGUACACGAAAGAUGAGUUGGUCAGAAUCCUGGUGACACGGAGAGUGACAGAUUAUUCCGAAGAAUUUUACACCAAUUACGUCAACCUGGUAUUGAGUGUGUUUUACCACGCUACAAAGAGCCUGCCUGAACUGAAGCAUUUGGUCCAGUUGAACUUCAAAGUGUACUGCGAGCCCAUUGAGAAGGGAGAGGCCACAGACACCGACAUCAAGAAACUUUGGAGGAACAUCGAGCCUCAUCUGAAGAAAGCUAUGUCGUCGGUUUACCUGCGAGAAGUGUCCAGUUCCCAGUUUGAGAGAAUGCAGUCGCUGGUGUCCGAAUCCACAACCUCAGGGGAUCUUCCGCAGCUUCAACCGCAGAUGAAGUUGACAGGGACUACCAAGAUCGAACUCCCCUUCUACUCUAAGUUCCUCCUGAUCUCUGCCUACUUGGCCUCGUACAACCCUGCUCGCACGGAUCGCAGGUUCUUCAUGAAGCACCAUGGCAAGCAGAGAAAAACGCAGGCCAUGAUCAAGGCCAAGGAACGCUCCAGCAACCAGCUCGUGGGCCCCAAGCCCUUCCCGCUAGAGAGGCUGAUGGCCAUUUUCUACUCCAUUAUUGAGGACAAAGUCAGUCCAACUGCGAACGUCUUCUCACAGAUCUCGACAUUAGUAACCCUAAGGUUGGUGACGCAGAUUGGUGGGGAGGACCAGCUAGAUGCACCCAAGUACAAGUGUGCUGUGCCCCUUGACUUCAUUAGAGGCAUUGCAAGAACUGUUGGCUUUGACAUUGUGCGCUACCUCUACGACUAUGCCUAAGGAGGACCCCUUCACCUUGUGCAGAGGCGUCAUAAACCUCAGUGAGUUGAAUCGCAACAAACACCAUGACGUCCAUUUCUUCCUUAGAUGAGGAGGAUUACAAACCAAAUUCUUUACUCUCAGCAAGUGUCUGUGUCACUUAUUGUAUUUGUAGAGAGGAAUUUUGAAUGCGUUGAGGGCGAUACGAAUCUUUAAGAAAAGAUUUAGUUUUCAUUGGACUGAAUGUCGGAUAGUCUGAUGAGUUGUUGUAGGAAUCAGUUUUGAAUAGUCUGAGUCUUUUUAGAUUUUUUUUAGAUAAGUGAUUGUAAACACAGUACUCAUUUUUUUUCUGUCUCUCUGUCUCUCUGUCUCUCUGUCUCUCUG